AUGGCUUCGAUGUACAGUCCCGCGCAGCUGAUGGCGGCGGCCGGAGUCCAACCAAGCCAGCCAGGCUAUCCUAGCAGAGUCAUUCUCUCCGAAACAGGUCCUGCAGCACAUCGGACACUCCUGGCUGGAAGCCCACCUCUGGGCCACAUCGCACAGAGCCAGAGCCUGCUUCGGUCUCAGAAGUUUCAGCCCUACAGCACUCAACCUGGUCCGAUCGCGCACAGCAGCCCUCGGACAGUGUGGCCUGCCACUGGCAAUGUCGUUCAAGGCUUCAGCCGCCAGACCACCCCAAACUCAACCCCCAUCUCCGUGCGACAGGUGGUCCCUGCUGCUCCCCAAAUCUACCGUUAUGCAUCCUUCACAGCUCCAGCCCAACCCCAGACAAAACCUUCCAUUGUCCAAGCUGGCCCCCAAACCACGAUCCAGACCCAGCCACGGCCAUCUGUAGUCCAAAACGGUCCUGUGGUGAGGACCAUGCCCCAGCAAGUGGUGCCGAAGGCCGCGGAGGAAGAGAGCUGGCACUGGAUCCUCACGAUCGCAAAGCCGGAUGCCCCAAAGCCGGGGCCAACAGAGGAGGAGGUGAAAGAGGCCAGCGAGUGGAUUGUCAAUCUCACACGACCGGCCCGUGGUGCGAUUGCUGCCCAUUGA